AUGAACGAGAAGAGCUUCACACCCGAUACCGCCGCUAGGCUGGCGAAUCGGUUAAGGGGCCAAACACUAGUGGUGCCCAAUCUGCUCAAGGAGCAUAUGGCUUCCUGGCCACAGGGAUUAAUCAAUGAGCACUACGAGAGACUGCAGCAUGUGUUCAAUGGAAUCCUCGACUGUCACGUUCACGACCUGAAAUACCGCCAGAAGCUGAAGGAAAGUGAUUUUGCCAUGUUCACCUCAAUAUGGUGGCCGACAGCAAAAUGGGAAAAUCUCUACAUCGGCGGCCUCUUGACCAUCUGGGCUUUCAUCUGGGAUGAUACCAUCGACAUGGCAGAGCAGUCUCUUUCGGCGGAUUUCGGUCGUGCCUGCGCCCACCGCCGCCAGACCAUAGAGUACAUUCGAUACCACCUCGACGUCGAGGAUGGCGACGACCUCGACCCCCAGAGUUUGUGGCAACCGCGCAGAGUCGUAGGGAGACUCGUUAAUAGUGUGAUCGACUGGUUCGGGUUCCGCGCCCUCCCGCCGCCUUGUCCUGCUGGUGGUUGCGACAUCUUUCGUGAACUGGGCGAGAGGCUAUGUGCGAGGUGGGACAAGGGAAAGAGGCAGCGAAUAUUCCGGGAACUGCGCGACUACAUCAUGUCGACGGAGCAGGAGCAGCGAGAACGGCUUGAGGGCAUCAUGCCAACGUAUGAAUCUUAUGUUAAGCAGCGCUUAUACACGACAGCAUUUCGAAACUUUGCGAUUGUUGGCUCUCUCUGCGUUGAAACGGACAUCCCUGCCGACAUAUUCAACUCACCAGAGAUGGAGGUGGUACUCCAAGAGGGCAACUGGAUCAUCAUCAUAGUGAACGAUCUACUAUCUCUGAAAAAAGAGAUGGCGACGCACUGCAUGGGCAGCUUGGUUCCGGUGUUGUACAACUUCCAUCACCAUCGUCUCAGCCAGCAGCAAAAAGAAGAUCCCAACCUGCUCGACAAGAUUGUGUCCAAGUUGAGUGCCGAGCUUGCCGCGUCUGUCAAGAGGCUGGACCGUGCAGAGGAAAGUUUGCUGCGGAUAGUGGACAGUGGCAGUUGCAGGAGGACGCCUGGCGAGGUUGCCAAGUUGAGAGAGGACAUCAAGACCUAUGUGGACAUGAUCCGACGAACUGACACCGGGACCUGGGAAUACUCAUGUGCUGUCGAUCGCUACAGGAUCCAGCAAUGUGUGCAGGAGGAUGGAUCGGUUUUGAUCCCGCUUUAGAGGCCAACAAGCCCUCGAUUCCCACCCCUUUUUUUUCUCAUUGGUUGUAUAAUUCAAUGUUUCCUUCGUCCAACCUCCUAUUUGCUGCGCCAUUUCAAAUUUGAGCUACAUUUAUGGUUAGUGUCGCCCAGUUAUUCGGGCACUCAUUGCUUGGGGUAUGGGUCUGUUGUAUGCAGCGGGAGUUUUAGACGAAACCAGGGCUGGAUUUUCUCCAGGCGGCCAGGUUUUGUCGCCCUUUCCUUGUUCUCUGAAUUUUUUUUAUUUUGCGGCGGUGCUGGG